AUGGUCUCGGAAAGCCGCGCUGUGUGUAAUCGCUGUUCCCAAAUCAAGCAGGCCUGCGAUGGCAGCGUGCCAUGUGCGCGGUGCCUGCGUCUGGAUUUACCCUGUUUUCCACGUGAUGCCAGCGGUGCUUUGAACAAACAGAUGGGCCACUUGCCCAGGGCGCGAAUCCGGAGAGUGCAGACGGGAUGCCUCAUGUGCAAGAGCCGCAAGAAGAAGUGUGACGAGACGAAGCCGCGAUGCGGAAACUGCAUACGGCUGUGUAUUGAAUGCGCAUGGCCUCCUGAGCGCCCCAAGGACAAGCUCAUUGGCGCGGCCAUAUCCACGGCUGCUCCUGCACCGGUGUCGUCGACCAGGGCGGCUAUGACAGCAGUGGCGGCGGUUUCACCAGACCCUACGGAUUUACGAGUCAUUCCCAUCCAAGAGCCCGUUGUUGUUGAUAUCGUUACCGAUGCAUCAAUCGACCUUAUUAUUAGAGGCGGAAAUAGCCUAGCCAUGAGUUCUUCCAGCAGCAGCAGUAGCGGCGAUAGCCACCAUUCCACGGACCACCACUUCAGCGUCCUGCCGCCUGUGCCAUCAUCAGGCAAUAAAUCUGAGCCUAGACUGCCUGUCGAUGGUAACAAUAGGCGUGAGGGACCUACUAUUCACGUAUUCCAAAAAUUUGAUCGGAUCAUGGAAAAUAAAGUAAAUAUUUCAAUUCAUGUGUCACUUUUGAAGAGGAAAGCCGAUCUUUCAGAUACACCGCCAAAAAUCGAAUACUCCCCUGUCCGAAAGAAAGUCGACAGACGCUCUACUCUCUUGGGGAAAAGAUGGCAAACGAGGGCACGAAAUUCAGAUUAUCAAGAAGCUAUCCAUGGAAGCGCUCCGUCAAGUAAAUCUUUUCAGUAUCGAAGCUACAUUCCUGUUAAUGAGCAGGUCGAGACCCAUCCUCAUACCCCGAGAAGAGUCCAGGUAUCAAAGACGCGGGUAUCUACGACAGAGACUGUACAUACCAACGGCAGAGGCCAGCUUGAAAAUCACACACGUGUGCAAAUAGAAAUCUUGGAUUCCGAUGACGAGACAAUCGCCGACACUCCUCAGCAACCGCAACAGCCCGAACCUCUGGCAGCUGCUAUCAAAGACACACAGAAGAAUACGGCUAACGACCCAGCAUCCACCGUUGCAACAGACGGCGUCAUAGUAGGGAACCAAACAGCGGUGGACCACACGGUGCUGGUGGCAACGCGGGCAAUGGCAGAGGAGCACAAGAAGGACAAGAUCCAUGUCUUUAACUCAGAGGCCUUUGACGCAAUGAUAUAUAGCCAGUCUGCGCUUUGUCCGCCACCAGGGGUCGCGUCACAGGCUCCGACUCGACCAAAAACGCCGGUUAAAAAAACCUCCGUUGGGUAUCAGAGGCAGUAUUUAUCCAUCAAUCCCGCAAUUCAUUUGCCGAUUCAGCGAUCUGAAGAGUGGCAUACAAGGAAGGUGAUUGAAAACCAAGCUCGCGGAAGACGCAAGGAGUGGUUUGGAAAAGUCAUUGAAAGGCGACGAUGGCUACGAGCUAAGGAAAAAGCGGAGGAGGACGAACGAAAUGCAGCUAAAGAGUCAAAUCAAAAGCUUCUGCGCAAAGACCCGCAGCCGUGGUCGUAUGAUCGAGUCAUCGAUUUUGGGGAUGUUCUUCACGAAGAAUUGCCAGAAGACGUUCUACGGAAUCCCGCGUGGGCCAAGUCGUGUGCCUGGCACCGAGAAGAUCAUGCGCAGAGAAUUGUUCGAGAGCGCGCAGCCAAGAAUGCAAAUCGGGCAGCGUGUGAUCAAGCUAAGCGUAUAAUAGAAGAUGCCAAAUUAGCAUCACAAAAGAGCCGCGGACCUUGA